CUUUAGUGAUUUAUACCUUUUAAGUUUUUUCAUGCAUCAUCAUUUUAAUUUAAAGAAUGCUUAAAAUAUAUAAUUUCAUCAUGCUUCUGAAAAGAAUGCAGGAUAUGUUUUUACUGGCAACCAAGUUUGUCAAUAAUGUUAGACAGUGUUAUACAAUAAAAACAUUUUUAACUCCUUUUGUACAGUAGUCAGCUUGCUGGGGGACUUUUUUCUCAUUUACAUUUGUUUUGGUAGAUAUAGGUCAGUGCUUUCUUUUCUACCACUGUUAUGACUUACUCAACAUUAACUUGCUCUCUCUUUUGGCACUGGUCACUAACUUACAUCUGUCAGCCUGGGAUGGGUAGCGUAUGCUAUCAGUGAUGAUGUCGAUGGCAUUUUCAUUGAUUCGAUUGAAUUCAAUACAAAUGGAAGCGUAAAUAAUGCUGCAAUGUUUUCUUUUUGUUUAAUAUUAGGUGCAGGAAAAAGAUGACAACAGAUGCAUGUCUUUGUUAUUAUAAAGUCAGUCCAUAGCUCUGCAGGGGCCAUUACUGUAUAUUAAAGUUUAACAUUUGAUAACAUCCAGGGAUUGUUUUAAUUUAAUUGGGAAGACACUUGGUGGAAUGCAGGCUACAAGCUUUAGCAUUUAUUUCCCUUUAAAAGGAAAAUGAAUUGUGAAAGGGUAAAUGUCUCUCAGCUAAUUACUUUCCCAGUGAUGCGUUUUGGUAUGUUUAUGGACACUUUUUUCUAGAGUACUAACAAUUGAUUUCAGAUGAGUCAGAAGUGAACUUUAAAAGGCAAUUAUGAGGAUUGUUUUUGUACAACACUCUUGACUGCUCUUUAAGUUUUCCCAAACACAUUGAGACAGAAUACGGAAUAUGGUAUUAAAUGAAGCAGAUGAAAACCGAUCUGAAUGUAAAUGAACAGCGUGCUCACUUGCAUGCAGGAACAUAUAAACCCACAGAGAGUGAUCCUCCUUUCGGCCAUCACCUGCAUGUUUCAACAAAUUCCACUUUGUGCAGACUCUUAGCACUUUGAAAGAAAAUGAACUGAAAUUAAAAAUGAGACUGGAUCCAUAGUAAAUACCACCAUUUUAUAUGAAAAAUACCAUUGUUGUUACUGCAAGAUAGAAAUAAUAUACAUGUUCUUUAGAUCUGUGUCACAAAUGAAAACACUUUAGCUACAACAAAAAUAAUAAUUUCAGAGAGGUCCAGUGAUGCAAAAAUAAGAUCAACGGCAUAAACUUGAAGGCCAAGCACACUGCAGCUUGAUGAAAUAGAGUCUUACAUUAAUGUAUAAUUUAAUACUUAAGACAACCACAGUUAUGGUUUGGCAGAAAAACAUAUGCAGUUGUGCUCUGUGUUCUCCUGAUCCCUGCUGGUGAGAUGAGGCACAGCAGAAGCCCCAAGAGAAGCUGACCCAUGUGAACAUGUACUGUUCAGGGUCCCAGUAUGAGUUUCAGACUCAGUGUGCUGGUAUUGGCAUUGGCUGUGGUGGCAGUGUUGGCCCAGAGGAAGCGCCCUGCCAAGGACGAGUGGAACUACCGGGAUGGCUCUGAGAAGGUCAACAUGCGGGGAGUGGCCAACCUCACCCAGGUCCUGGACAACUGGAGGUUUGACAUCCUGAGUCAGAUGAAGGACAUGCUGCUGAAUGACCAUCAGUCUGUCCUCCCAGACUACCACAGGAUCCAACCACUGUCUGAGGCAUUGGAUGACCUGUAUAAGGAAUUCAAUGCCCUGAAGGCACAUCUGGGAGACCUGGGCGAGAAGGUCGUGGCCGUUGAGACCUUCGUCGACGAGAUGAAAACGGAGAAAGCCGCAAGCGCCGCUCCUGUCAGGAGGAGGAUCAUCAAGAAGAAGGGCCCGGCCUCUCAGCCCUAAACUCGCCGUCGACCCCCGUCCCCUGACAGUGCUGGCACUUCCUGAUUUUUUAAUGAGAAAUAUUGUGGUGAUUGAUUCAUGCAUCUCAUAAGCUUUGUUUGCAUAUUUCCAUAGCAACAGUCUGAAAGUGUUGAGAUCUUUUUCUAUCAAGGGCAAAACUUUUCUAAAUGAACCCUUUAACCCGAAAUGAUUGCUGCACUAGAAUAGUAUGCCAAAUCUAAGGAAUACGCCUACAUAUAAAAUAUAUAUUCAAGUUAAAUAUUUACUUUAUAUAUUGCCUAUUCCGUAUGUUGUAAUUUGCCCCAAGGCAACUGGUAAUAAUUGUAGAAAGUUAGAUGAAAGGAUUAUUUGAGGAUGACAGACAUUUGGGAUAUACAAAAGUAUAUAAUAUUUAAACUGUAUUGGUGUAUUUCUUUGCUGACCCAAGUGAGUAGUUUUUCAUUGCAGUCAAUAAUUAACCUAUUUUGUAUGUACAGAAUGCAGUGUCCUUAUUAAAUAUCCAGCAGCUACAAAACCUGGCAUGUUCAAGCUGAAAAACAAAAAACAGAAACACGUAAAAUAUGGACAAUAAUAUAUGGACAAAUGCUGUAACCUAUAGGUUGCCAGGCUACACUCAUUUGCAUAAAAAAGCAUUUUAGUGAACAUUUGAGUCUCAUGUGACCCUCGGUGGUCAUUUAAAAUGACACUGUAAUAUAUUAUCAACGUUCUAUUUUAUUACAUGAUGCCGAGGAUGAGAGAUGUCUUCGCACUCUUUCUCUUUACGUAAUGCGGUGUAAAAAUCUCUCUCAGCUAAAAUAGUGCUAUCCUUUAAUGAUUAAGCUAUAAAUAAAUACAGUUAUUUUGCACGCA